CUUGUAUCUCCUGGCGAUCCAUAGUAUUAAGAUGAUCAAGCUUGUCGCCGGAUAUGAAUUGCCUAAGGAGGAAGUACUGAAGUGGUGCGAUUCCAAGAAGCUGGCAAGGGAUGACGGCUCGUUAUACAGCGCCGUGAUCAGCUACAUGUUGGAUAACCCCGACCGCCUCCCUUUUGACCACUUCAAGUUCUACGCUGUCAGCUGGCCACCCUAUUAUGUACCGGACGGCCACGGACGCAAGAUACCCAACCCAAUCUCCCAAUCGCACUACAUGUUCAUCACGCGUUAUCUCGUCGACGAGGCAUUUCCUCGCCGAUCUCCAUGGAACGGCGAGUACCAAGCGGAGGAACGCGAUCAGGAUCGACUCCUGAAAGCGACACUGGUCGAAGUACUGGGUCUACCUGAGGCCAAGCUCACAUUCGCCACGUAUCCAAAGGGGCACAUGUAUAUGUUGCCGGAGACGCCGUGGGAACAGAUCACAAUUCCUCGACCUCAGGCUCCACAUUCCACAGUUGUAUGAGCUUGAUGUAAGCCGCACGAGACGAAAUCUAGAAAUACGUGAUCGCCGUCGUCCAAGGCUUUGUUUGAAUAGUGACUGGUCGCGGCUUCACGAUGUAGCCUAUUGAGAGGGCCAUAUAUGCUCGCUUCGUAGUGUGUCCAUGGCUUCACUGCAGUCACAGGGGUGACCGGGUCCAGUACGUAAACAUCCUUCCCCUUAUAUACGGGGGGAGUCGGAACGACCAACUCCAUCGACUGCCAGUGCCCGUCAUUGCACAAGCUACCAACCAGCUAUCCUUGUAUCUCCUCGAGACACAUAGUAUCAAGAUGUUGAAGCUUGUCGCCGGAUAUGAAUUGCCUACCGAAGAACUACGCAAGUGGUGCGAUUCCAAGAUACCAUCAAAGGAGCAUGAUUCGUUAUACUGCGCCAUGAUCUCCUACAUGAAACACUCCGACGGCCUUCCUUUUGAUCACUUCAAGUUCUGUGUUGUCAACUGGCCACCCAGCUACGUCCCCUACGGACACAAGAUACGCAACCCAAAGACCCAAGUACAUUACAUGUUCAUCACGCGUUAUCUCGUCGAUGAGGCAUUUCCUCGUCGAUCUCCAUGGAACGGCGAGUACCAAGCGAAGGAGCGCGAUCAGGAUCGACUCCUGAAAGCGACACUAAUCAAAAUACUGGGUCUACCCGAGGCCCAGCUCACAUUCGCAACGUAUCCGUAGGGGACCAUCUAUGUGCCGCCGGAGAAGCAGUGGGAACAUAUCACAAUUCCUCGGCCUCAGGCUCCACGUUCCGCACUUGCUCGCUCAGAUUGACAGUCUUGGACAU